AUGAGAAGAACGGCCUUGUGUGUACAACGUCAGCCAAAGCCUGUAAAAGAUGUUCCGUUCAAACGCGUUAUGCCGGUGCAUAAAGCUCAGCCGCAAAAAAGAACUUUCACUGACAAGGUGAGAUCUGAAGAGACCUACAUUCCACAUCUGGUCAAGAUUGAUGGUGAAGACGAACUUUAUGGAGAGGAUUUUACACAUGAACUCUCUUUUGCCCGAACUGAUCUAAGAAUGGAAAAUGCUACGGAGGAGGUAAAUUUGUACCAGUGCGUGUGCAACGGUGCAUUAGAUCUGAACAAGGCUGCGAGAUUGAUACUCAGACAGAAGAACAACGGAACAUUCAACCAGCAAGUUUACGAUGUAGAUACAUCCUGGUACAGAUAA